AUGUCAUCCAACUUACCCGCGGGACUCAGCACGUCUGUGGACAGCACGAAAGUCAAGUAUGCGAAGCUGGGAAACAGCGGUUUGACAGCUCUUCCUCUUCUGAAAGCCGCAUACGACAAGGGGCUCAACACCUGGGACACCGCCAACUGCUACAGCAAUGGCACUUCAGAGGAAAUCAUCGGCAAAGCGCUGCUGAAGUAUGAGAUCCCUCGCGAGAAGGUGAUUAUCUUGACCAAGUGCUUUUGGGGCGUGAGUGAGGAACCCGAAAUUCUGCACUGGAGUAGCAGGGAAUAUUUCGAAGGUGAACCCAAGUACAAAAAUCAGUAUGGUUUAUCGCGGGCUGCAAUCUUCAACCAAGUCGAAGCAUCGUUGAAGAGACUGGGAACGUCAUACAUCGAUCUUCUGCAGAUACAUCGAUUCGACACCACCACAUCAAUUGAAGAGACUAUGAAGGCUCUGCAUGAUCUAGUUCAAUCCGGCAAAGUUCGAUACAUCGGCGCCAGCAGCAUGCUCGCUACGAGAUUUGCACAAAUGCAGCACUGUGCUGAGCGUAACGGUUGGACCAAAUUCAUCAGCAUGCAAAACCAGUACAGUCUGCUCUAUCGCGAGGAAGAGCGAGAGAUGAAUCAGUUUUGCCAGGAUACUGGUGUCGGCUUGAUCCCAUGGGCGCCACUCUUUCGCGGUCAUUUGGCUCGACCUCUGGAGCAGAAGGGUUCUACGAAGAGAAGCGGGUUAGAAGGUGACACUCUCACUGCGGCCGAUGAACGGAUCAUUGAGAGAGUGCAGGAAGUCGCAGGCAGGCGAAAGUGGCCCAUGUCUCACGUCGCUCUCGCAUGGGUCUUGAAUCGAGUGGCGAGCCCCAUUAUUGGCUUCAGCAAGGUCGAGAGGAUCGAUGAGGCUAUUGAGGCUGGUGAAAAGCGCUUGAAUAGUGAGGAGGAGCAUUAUCUCGAGGAGAGUUACAGCCCAAAGCAUUACCAUGUCCCAGAAAUUCUGUAG